AUGGCAGGCAAAAAGGGCGGAGGGGAGAACAGCAAGAAGGCUGCUGGGAACGCGCGCAAGGCCGACGCCGCUGCGCAGAAAGCUGCAGCUGAGGACGCCCGUCGGGAGGCCAAAGAGGCAGCGGAGUGGGAUAAGGGCGCAAAGAACAACUCCAAGAAGGAGGCUGAAGCUGCAAAGAAGGCCGAGGCAGCAAGAAAGAAGGCGGAGAAGGACGCCCUACUUGCAGAGGAGGAGAAGAACACCCCAGGAAGGUCGAACCCCAAGAAUGCCAAAUCGGCGGUCAAGAAGACGAAUACCCCGUCACGAGGCCUCGACCUCUCCCAGCUCGACGGAGACGACAGCAAGCCGCUCUCGGCCCUCAACGCGACAGGAAUCGACAAUGCGCUCGACGCCCUGUCCUUGACGUCUUCAUCGGACGCGGCAAAGAUCGACAGGCACCCGGAGAGGAGGUUCAAGGCCGCCUACGCCGCGUUCGAGGAGAGGCGACUCAAGGAGGUCGAGGCCGACGGGAGCAUGUCGGGUCUGAGACUCAAGCAGAAGCAGGAGAAGAUCAGGAAGGAGUUUGAAAAGAGCCCAGAGAACCCCUUCAACCAGGUCACGGCUAGCUACGACACUUCCAAGCAGGAGCUGAAGGAGAUUCGCGAGCGGGAGAAGGCCAAGAUCGAGGGCAGGCUGGCGGAGAAGAAAUAG